UGCACCUGUCGUGUACAAUAAAGUUAGCUCCCCGACGCUCGUAAUUAGUUAGACAAAACGUAUUUUGGAAGUUUAACGUACUCUGUCCUAGGCAAACAGGAGUGGCUGUAUGCGCGUGUAGGGGGUGGAGAGAGUGGGUGCCCACGAGACACCCCGCCAACCGGCUCACGAGCGAGCACUAGAGCAGUACAGGCGCGCGCAUAGUCAGAACUCCUCACGUAAACCUCGCGCGAUAGCAGGACGUCCGACGAACACUGAGAUUAUUUUACAAUCUUUACCCAAGCGGUUUCAUUCCUUUUUUUUGUGUGGUUUGACCGUACAAUGUGAGGAGAAAUGUCCGGGACAAGCUCUGAUUGGGUGGAAAUCCUGGAGCCCCGUUCCCAGGAACGCAUGUAUGUAAAUCUGACCACAGGAGAGUGCGGGUGGGACCCGCCCACCGAUGUACCUGUCCGUCAGGCUGAUGGCAAUCAAUGGUGGGAGCUCUAUGACUCCAACAGCCGCAGGUUCUACUACUACAACUCUGCCGGCCGCACGACCGUUUGGCAUAGGCCGCAAGGUGCAGAUAUUGUCCCUCUCUCUCAGCUUCAGGCUAUGAGGCGCAGCACGGUGUCCGAGCGCAGGACGGAUGGGGGCACUAAGGAACGGCAACAUGGGAAUCAGUCUACAGGGAGUCAAGAUAGACGCACCCCUCUGCCACCCAUGGAGCCCUAUGGUCAAGAGCCAGAAUAUGCAAGCAAAGAACCAGAAAUCGAGAACAGACAGAAAUCAGACCUCUAUAGCAUGGAUGGCAACAGAGAUACUCUCAGGGAAGAACCAAAAGACCCAUCUCAGCGGUGGCAGCCCCCUCCUGGAUCUAAAGCCGCCAUGUUAGUGAAGGUCAGCAGCAUAGGCAGAAGCCAGGGAAGAGGAAACAGUCCAGCGACUUCCCUUCACCUCCCACAGCACAACCCACAAAGCAAAUCUAAUGAUCAUAGUUCCAGCACGCUCAAUUCCGGCAGUGUCAAAUCUGUUUCAGACCACAUGUUAUCACAGCAGGCAUACAAGACCACACCAGGAGGGAAAAUAGCUGUGGACACAAGGCAGGCCCACCAUUUAAGAAAGGCAAGCAAUGGCAGCUUCUGCCUGGUGACCUCAGGUGACUCUACCUCACAUCCAGCAUCUGCACAGCCCAGCUCACCAAGGCCAGUAUCUCCACAAUACGGAGCAACUGCACGUCUCUAUGAUGAUCCUGUAUCAGAUUGCCCUAUUUAUGAUGAACCUCCCGUAGAUAUGGAGGUAGAAGGUGCUCACUUACAGAACGGCACAUCCAGACACAAUCACAGCCUUCAGAAGAUAAAACUCCUCCAGCACCCAGGUCAGUCUUAUACAGGCUCCAGACACAGGAGGAACCCCUCUGACUAUAGUCCAGCAGGUCUGGAGUGUAUCAAGCACAUGGUGAAUGUAGACCCCAAACAAGGACACCUUUCUGCCUCACCAGUCCCCUCUCCAAGUCCCUCUCCAACUUCUGCACCUGAAUCUCUAGUUCUACCAACAAGGGGAAUUGUUAGCCUAGAGAAGAAGCAGUCUUUGAGGAUUUUAGAAGCAAGUGUACUCCGAGCUAUGGAGGUACAUCACAGCAGGCAAGGCAGCCAUGGAUCUCAGGACUAUUCCACACCACCACCUCCCAAUGUUAGCUACCAAGACUCUGGUUACUCAACCGGUCCGUCUCCCAGCCUACGGAGAAAAAGCAGAAGGAGGAUGGGUGCCGGGGCCCGACCCGGGUCUGUGGGUAGCACUGGGGAACUCACAGCCCUAAAUGAACGUCUGAUGGAAGAGAUGAGGGAGGUGGUAAGUCGCUCGAACACGAUGCGGGAGACCAAAGCUUGUCUGGAUUCUGAUAUGUCGGAGGGCUUCUCUACACAGCGCACACACAGUGUGGGUCGGUGCUCAUCCAGGGAGGAUAUCGCAUCUUCUAGCAGGUCACUAAGCAGGAUGGGUAUCCACCCUAAUGUGGCCUUCACACCACUGGAGAUUCAAGGAAGACAAAAGCGGACUUAUGAAAAAGUUGACACUCUGGAGAAAUGCAUUGCUUUGUCGUCUCCCGAGAUUGCUGGACCCCCCUCACAGGCAGGAACUCUUGAUCCUAAGGUUCAGUUGGAUAUCAGAAAUAAAGGCAUGAUGGAAAGCCAAACAGGUUCACUUGGCCCUCACCGCCAUGUCGCCAGUAAUACCAACCUGCAGGGCCGUGAUGGUGGAGGUCACCAGAUUUCCUACGCCACACUCCGUCAGCCCCCACCCCCCGAUGCCAACAUCGAAGACUGGGCCAGCAAGCACCUAAACAUGCAUACUCAGGGCCUGUUUCGUCGGCGAGUCUCCAUCGCCAACAUGCUAUCCUGGAACCGCGGCUCCAUUAAAAAGCCCAUGCUGAUGACCAACGACCGCACGGUGCGCAAGGAAGCCUGUGAGAUGUUCAAACAUGUCCAGGCAUAUAUGGGAGACCGGCCCUCACGCCUGGACAGACGCCAUGCAGCUCUUCUCAUUGUCACUAAGUGCUGGGGCAUGCAAGGCCUGAGGGAUGAGCUCUACGUUCAGCUUGUGAGACAGACCACAGGCAACACCAGUCCACGCAGCCUGGCAGCAGGCUGGGAGCUUAUGGCUGUAUGCCUUGCUUUCUUCGCUCCUUCACCAAAGUUCUGCUGCUACCUGGAAGGCUACAUUCAGCGCCAUAUGGAGCCAAUUAAUGACAAGAAAAUAACACAGUUCAUACUGGACCAGCAAGAUAUUAAGAAGAAGAACUCAAAGUCUAGGAAGAAGAGAAAACAAAACACAGAGGAUGCAGAUGGGCUCCCCGUCAGCACAUAUGCAAAGUACUGCUACCGCAAGCUCCAGAAAGUGGCGGUUACCGGAGGGAAAAAGGGUCUCCGUAAACCAACCAUUGAAGAGGUGGAUCACAGUCGGCGUGCAAUCAUCACCCCGUCUCUGUUUGGCAGCUCCCUAGAGGAAGUUAUGGAGCGACAGAGUGAACUCUUCCCAGACAGGAAAUUGCCUUGGGUGCAAGUGCAGCUGUCUCAGUAUGUGCUGGCUUUGGGCGGAGCACAGACCGAGGGGAUAUUCAGGGUGCCUGGUGACAUCGAUGAAGUUAAUGCAUUGAAGCUUCAGGUGGAUCAGUGGAGGAUCCCUGAAAAUUUAUCAGAUCCUAAUGUACCUGCCUCUCUGAUGAAACUGUGGUACCGUGAGCUGGAAGAGCCUCUUAUCCCUAUGAGCUUCUACAAGGAGUGCGUCAGUAACUAUGAUGAUCCUGUGGCAGCCAUCAGCGUAGUGCAGUCUCUGCCUGAGCUCAAUCGCCUGGUGCUGUGCUACUUUAUUAACUUCCUGCAGGUAUUUGCCCAGCCUACAAAUGUUGCAGUCACAAAAAUGGAUGUAAACAACCUUGCAAUGGUAAUGGCUCCCAAUUGCCUUCGGUGCCAGUCAGAUGAUCCUCGUGUCAUUUUCGAGAACACACGCAAGGAGAUGUCUUUCCUGCGAAUGCUCAUCGUACAUCUGGACACAAGCUUUAUAGAGGGCAUUGUUUAAAAAUUCUUUAAUGCUUAUAACUCUUGAGUGGCAAUACAUGAUACAUAACCAUACAACAGGGAGAGUCACAAAAUGGGUGUCAAGGACAAAAGUACCCUGUUGAAGAUGAUACUUUGUGAAAAUGCGUUCGAAAUUUGAAAGACUGUUUAAAAGUGAACUUUGUUCUGUCUACCCCAGUGGUGUAGACUAUUGAAGUAAACAUUUUCCUUAUACCAACAUGGCAAGAUGUUCAGACUUUAUCAUGUGCAAUGUUAAAUGCUGUGCAUGUUCAAGAAUUGCAUGAAAUAGUCACAGUUUUCUGAUAAUUGUGAAUGGUUAUGGUAAUGAUUAUAAUGCAGUAUGAGUGCAUUGCAAGGUUUUAAGUUCAAGUAGCCUGCAUAGAUAUGUUGCUUUGUGAAAACUCUGUUUGUUUGUUAUGUACAGUAAAUCAUACUGACAGGAUCUAAAAAAAAAAAA